AUGAUUAAAAGGAAUCAAUAAUUAAAGAAAUAAAUAGCACCUUCUAGAAAUUAAAAUAAUAAAGCAUGUCUUAAGCCUUAAGUUUUUUAAUUUCCACAGUUAAUGAAUAAAACCUCUACAUUUACAGAAGCAAUUAGAUUUUAAGGGUAAAUUCAAUAACCAUUUACACCAGAUGUUAUGAUUAGACAAUCUUUAAACAAACCAAGAAUGAUUGAAUAACCAAAAUCUAAAAACUAUUAUGGAGUAUAACGCUUUUCAGCAAAAAUUGUUUCAAAACAAUAAAAUGUUAAGGAACCAGUCAUAAUUAAAAUAACUACAAACAAAAAUCAUAAGGUUAUUCAAUAAUUAGAAGAAUAGAGUGAAUAUUAAUUAAGUGAAUUAGGAACAUUUGAUGAUUUGAUUCAGCAAAUUUAAGAAAGAGUAUUAGCUAAAAAUUCAAAUAUUUUAUAAUUAGCAUAAGACAUUUGCUAAAUAGAAACCAUAGAUUUGAGAGGUCUAUAAUGUAUACCAUAAUUAAUUAAACACCUUGUGAUUUCAUCAGUUUAGUAGUAACUUCAAAUUUCAUAAAUACUAUCUAUCUUAUUCACAUUAAGUGAAGAAAUUAUGACUAGAGAUGAUCUAGAUGAAUCUUUAAUGGAAAUCAUCAAAGUAUAUUUGCAAAAGGGUUACGAAUCAAAUCUUCAAAUGAUAGUUGUCUUUCUAAAACGUUGUGGAUAAAUGAUUUAUUAUAUCAGAGCUAAUAAAUAGAAGGUUUUGAGUGAACUUAUUAUAACAUUGUUAAUUAAAUUCAAUGAUUGUAAUUAAUUUGAAGAAUCUCAAUUGCGAUUGGCAUUUAAUAUUAUAUUGAGACACAAAUAAUUGAGAUUAUAUAUAAAGGAUAAUUAAGAUAUUUAUAAGUUGAAACAACCUUCAUUAAUAGAUUAAUUAUAGAGAUUUAAAAUUAAAAUUAAUUGA